GAGAGGUCUCACUCUAACAAACUAAUUCGGUGUCAAAAACGAGAAAAAUAGACGACGACGAAGACUUUUGAAGGACUCCGGCGCCUCUCCCGCCGAUAACCGCCGUGAAACUCAUCGCGGCGGUCAAUUCCGUACUGGAAUUUUUCGAAGCGACAUUCAAUUUACCAUAUCAAACGCCGUCUCCAACGGUUCGAGAAUGGGUUGCAUCGGAUCUUCUCAGGCUAGAAACGAAGGCGGAGCGAAAAGAAAGAAAAUCCGGAAACCAAAACCGUGGGCGCAUACCGAGCCAAUCACAAUGGCACAGCUUACGAACAUGCGUGAGGAGUUUUGGGACACUUCUCCACACUAUGGUGGUCAAAGAGAGAUAUGGGAAGCGCUUCGUGCUGCUGCUGAAGCUGACCUGAAGCUAGCACAAACGAUUAUAGACAGUGCAGGCGUGAUUGUCCAGAACCCUGAUCUAACAUUGUGUUGGGAUGAAAGAGGUGCUAGAUAUGAGCUUCCUAGGUAUGUUCUAAGUGAGCCCACGAAUCUGAUUCGAGAGCAGGGGCAGUAAUUCUCUACGAACGGUGACAACAAGAAUCAAAGCUUGGUGAGUAGUAGUAGAAGCAAGAAGACUAGAAUCUGAAGUAAGUCUUUCAUAUUCUUUACGUUUAGCAAUAGAAACGAUAUAUCAGUAGUACACACUCUCUGUAUAGUUACUGAAACCUAAAGUGGGAGAUGGUGAUACGUGGUGGUAGUGGUACAGAUGUACAGUCAGGAUUUCUUUAACCUCUUUUGGUCAAAAUGUUCUUGAUCACUUGUGAGUUUGACAAAUUCUAAGUAUUUUUUGCUUAUUUGACAAAUUCUAAGUAAUUUUGCGUAUGCUUGAUCAACUGUUGUUAGUUAAAGGAUGGAAUUUAAAAUAAAACGAGACAAGAAAAGUAUAGUUUUUGGCUUAUUUUAUUUUAUUUAUAUGUCACAAUGUUUGAAAUAAAAUGAUUCCUUCCAUUUUUUGUUUUCUUUAAAAACUCUCGAGAAUCACAAAACUCUCAAAAACGUUUGUGUCAGAACUGGUCUUCAUCUCUCCAAGUCACCAUGUCUUUUUGUUCAUUGGAUUUUGGAGCUAUUAACUAGCCAAUUA